GAGUCGAUUGCCCGUCUGAUGGAGAUGGGCUUCUCUUGGGAACAGGCCUCAAUGCAGACUAAAGUCCUUCAAGGUGAUCCCCAGUCCGCCCUGCUAAACCUCAUGUUGCCCCCGGGUCCUGAUCUGGGCGACCGUCAGGCGCCCCAGGACAAAAGCUCACCACCGUCAUCCAUGGCUGUUCGUCGGCUGAAGCAAAUUUUGGACUUCUUUUCACCCUCCGUCUCUGUUCUGCAUUUUAAAUCGAAUUUCUCCCUGUGCCUUAUUGACGACUGUCUCGAUGCGGAUGUACCCCUGGCGGAGAUAAUCCUUUCCGACAUAGCGGCGAAAUGGUGUCUUACUGGCUGGGCAGUGGGACGCGGAAAAGCUCGUCUCGCGGUAAAUUACUACAACAGAGACCUGUCGGCCCUGGAGCCAGCUGUGGAGCCCUUUCUUUGUAUCCUCGAUUGGCGCCUCUCUUCGGACCAUGAAAAUGGUGAACUCGGUGUCUUUGAGAUCCACUUGGGAUUGACUUGGCAGUCUUCCAACACACAGAGGCUCGGACGCAUGUUCUGUUGA